GGUGGCGUCAGAAGUGUCGAUCUCGGAUCGGCGACGAGGCAGAUUUCGGUUCAUCCUCCACAGAAGGUUCCAGCCGUCGAGCACUCUUAUCAGGACGAACAGGAGCGGACGCUGGGUGGCAUGGCAGGCCCGAUCGGAGGAGGACUGUACAGCUUCAGCUGGCACCUUGUCCUCCACCUCGCAAGCGGUUCAGAUAUUCCAACUCAGAGCUUCAUGGAUAUGUGGAUCGCUAACGAGGGAGCGAUCACUCCCUCGCACACUCGUGCUCUCGCUGCCGCUCUAGCGGCCGCCAUCACCGCCAGAAAGUUAAUGGACUUUGUCAGUAGUGUGCUCGCGUCCGAGCUAAUGGCCGGGGGCAGCGAAGUCGUGAUGGAACGUGAAUCAUAGCCCGCCCGCCCAGCUCACGGUGCAAGAAUGCUGCCAUGACGUUUCUUCCGCGUGCAGGAUCCAUUGGCGUUCCUCAAGAGCUGAGUUUCAGGGUGUAUAUAUAGCGCCUCUUCACAAGACAGACUCAUCUUUCAAGCGAUCUUCCUCUCUCUCUCAAGCCACCAAUUCAAGCACAUAACUGAAUCAUAUUUUAGAUCAAUAGUUUAGUCCAGACGAGCCUCAGAGGAUCAGCUGACUUUUGCUCCGACUCUCAGAGUCCAGGGAAUUUUCAUCUCGCGAGAUCUUCAAUUCGAACACCUUGGAGGACAAAAGGCGUUAGCAAGUCCUGUAAAUCAGGACUUCGGGAGCAAUGGGUCUCCGGUACACAGGAAGUGUUUACAUCGCCAUGAUCCUGUUCGGACUGGCCUUCGCCCAGGCGCAAGGUCCAGCCACAGCACCGGCGCUUGCACCGACUGCGGGACCUGCUCCCCCGACUCCUCUCGUCUCGUCGCCCCCGACUCCAGCAAUGGUUCCGUCAGGAGCUCCUCCUCCAGUCGCCUUCAUGGCACCUCCCCCCGUCGUCGCAGUUGCUCCUACCGUCUCUGCGCCACCACCUCAAGUCAUGCCCACUACCCCUGUCGCUUCCCCCCCUGCCCCUACCACCAUGGCCCCUCCCCCGAACGUUGCUGCUCCACCCAUGGGAUCUCCCCCUCCCCCUCCUCCUGCCCCAACCACCAUGGCCCCUCCCCCCAACGUUGCUUCCCCACCCAUGGGAUCUCCCCCUCCUCCUCCUCCUGCCCCCACCACCAUGGCCCCUCCCCCGAACGCUGCAUCCGCCCCUCCCCCUGCCCCGGCCACCAUGGCUCCUCCCCCCAUGGCGUCCGGACCCGUGUCUUCUUCUCCCCCUCCCCCAGCACCUAGCUCUCCCCUGGCCCCAUCCACCACCCCCACCAUGGCGCCUCCCCCAGCCCCGACCAUGACCACCCCUCCCCCACCACCAAGCUCCCCUCUUGCCCCAUCCACCACCCCCAUCGUCGCACCCAGCAUGGCGCCCCCCCCUCCCCCUCCCAUGACCACUCCUCCCCCUCCCCUUUCCCCCACCAAUGCGCCAAAGCUCGCUCCCUCCGCUACCCCUCUGUCGUCCCCUCCCGCACCCCUUCCCAGAGCCAUGAGCCCCCUGACCAUUGCCCCAGCGCCUGCCCCCAUCGAAUCUUCACCGCCGACGACCAAUGACGGAGUGGUGGCCAGCCCUGUGACAUGGACCACGGGUUUGGUUGUGGCCGCCGGUGCCUUCCUCGCAGUCUGGGCUUGAUUUCUCAUUUUACCACGACAUGUAGGACACCCGAGGUGCAGCAGGAGGACACAUUCGCCAUUGCGAUGUGAAUGGGGCCUAACCCCAUCCUACACCUUGAAAUUCAUCCCUCUAGGACUUGAUAGAAUAGAAUAUACAUUGCUAUACUCCUCGAUUUCCAAAAAUAUCGUUUUGUUUUUAGUCGGGUAGCUUUAAUGGCUCCUUAUAAAGGAUAGGAUAUACAUAAUUUCGUAGAAAAAGAUACAUAGAGUAGAAGCAAAAGCUGAAAGCAUUCUUCAACUUCAUACAAACUGACGGCGAGGAUUCCAUCAGCAAGAUCUUCCUCCUCGUCAUCUGAAAAAGCUAAAUGGAAUCUCGAUUCCGCGUGAGAGCAAGCAAGUAGCAAGCAAAUAAGAACAUGCAUAUUUGCUCUUGCCAUGUAGCUGAAUCACACCCAUUCUUUAAGCCUUCAGCUGUCCAUUGACAACUGACAAUAAGGCCAAAACAAUAAAAGUGUACUCGGAUCGCU